AUGACAAACCCACAAGACAAUCCUGGAACUCCUCCACAGCCCACUCCCUCUGAUUCAUCUACCCCUCCUCCACCUAGCACGACUCCCCAACCCAGGCUAACGAGAAUAAAAAUUCUUGCUCGCAAAACGGUGGUAUCUGGUGCUCUCUCCAAGAAAUUGAAUGAGAAAUUAAAGGCAAGUCAGGCUCAAGAUUCUGACUCUGAUUCUAAGUCGUACAAAUCUGCUAGUGAGGGGGAAAGACCUGGGUCUUCUGACUCUGAGAAGUCUCAAAAAUCCCCUUCUAAGAAAUUUGAAAAAGAAAAGGAGAGAGAGGGCGAAUGUGGUGAUGUGAGGGGAAAAGGGAAAGGAGUGACUGAUUACUCACCCACUGCUGUAUUGCCUGUACCUUCUAUUUGUGGGGUUGCACAGGAAACUGUUGAAUAA